UAAUAAUAACACGUGAACACUAACAGCUGAGGAGGUAAAACAUGAACCAUCAGUAUUAGGAAAUACUUUUAUUGAUUUUAAGAUUGUAAAAACGUUGAACUGAAGACGGAGAGAUGGGCUUCGCUGACCUGCUGGACGAGGUGGGCGGGUUUGGCAGGUACCAGUGGCUCCAUGUGACCCUGAUCAGUCUACCUGGUUUAAUGAUGGCGAGUCAAAACCUGCUGAACAACUUUGUCUCAGGAAUCCCCGCCCACCACUGCAGCCUGCCGGCCAAUCAGAGCCUCUACAACCUGUCGCACUACCAGGUGGAUGAGAAGCAGCUGCUGAAAGCUUUCAUCCCUCCUGAUUCUUCAGGAAAUAGACUGGACCGCUGCAGGAGGUACGUGGAGCCUCAGUGGCAGCUGUUAGCUGCUAACAUCUCUGCCAACGUUAGCCAGCUGCAGACUGAAGGAUGUGCGGAUGGAUGGACGUUUGACCGCUCUGAGUUCCACGCCACCACCGUCUCAGAGUGGGACCUGGUUUGUUCUCUGCGUCCUCUGAAACAGAUGAUUCAGACCAUUUAUAUGGGCGGAGUUUUAACAGGAGCCAUCAUCUACGGUGGGCUGUCAGACAGGUUUGGGAGGCGAUCUGUUCUCAUUUGGUCGUACCUGCAGCUGGCUGUGCUUGGCUGUAGCUCCGCGCUCUCUCCAUCUUAUUCUACCUACUGCAUUUUCAGGUUUCUGAGUGGGAUGGCGGUGUCCGGAGUCAUCCUGAACGGAGUCUCACUGAAGGUGGAGUGGAUCCCGACCAAAGCCAGGACAUUAGUGGGCACGCUCACCUCCUUUUUCUUCACCUUUGGUCAGAUGAUCCUGGCGGGGCUUGCCUAUUGGUUGAGGGAUUGGCGGAAGCUGCAGCUGAUUGUCUGUGCCCCCCACUUCCUGUUCUUUGCCUAUAGCUGGUGGUACUCGGAGUCGGCCCGUUGGUUGGUUCUGAAGCAAAGGUCUGAGGACGCGUUAAAGGCUCUUCAUCGAGUUGCUCGGGUCAACGGGAAACCAGAGAUGAUUGACAAGUUGACUCUGGAGGUUCUCCACUCUCACAUGAAUAAAGAGAUUGAAUUGAGUCGUUCGACGUUCACAGCGUAUGACCUGCUGAGGACUCCGGGGAUGAGACGCAUCUCCAUCUGCCUCAUCGCCGUCUGGUUCUCCACCAGCUUUGCGUACUACGGCCUGGCGAUGGACCUGCAGAAGUUUGGGGUGAGUAUUUACCUGAUGCAGAUCAUCUUUGGAGCUGUUGAUUUUCCUGCCAAACUUCUGGCUCUGGGCAUGCUCAGUUACCUGGGGAGGAGAGUGUCUCAGGCGGCCUGCCUCUUCCUAUCGGCCCUCAUCAUCUUCGCUAACAUCUUCGUCCCUGCAGACAUGCAGACCAUCAGGACCACAUUGGCGUGUCUCGGUAAAGGUUUCACCUCAGCAUCCUUCACCACAGUCUACCUGUACACCGGAGAGCUCUACCCCACUAUCAUCAGGCAGACAGGAAUGGGCCUCGUGUCCACCAUGGCCCGAAUCGGCAGCAUGGCGGCCCCCGCGGUCCUCAUCCUGGACGAGGUAUUCCCUGCUCUGCCCAGCGUAGUGUACGGGGGGGCGGCCGUGCUCGCCGGAGGCUUUGCCUGCUUCCUGCCGGAGACGCUAAAUGUGCCGCUGCCUGACACCAUCGAGGACGUGGAGGAGAAAUGGUCUGGGAGAAGCCCUGCCCACCUACAAAAGGAGGGCGUGGCCUUGAAAGAGGGCGUGGCUUCUGAAGAUGACCAGGUGGUCUUAAAGGAAGGCGUGGCUUUAAAAGAGCUCAAGGAAGCAGAAGGGACCGGCCUCAAUGCCCUCUGACCAAUCAGAUGACGCCACUUCAGACAGUUAGAGCCAAUGACGUGCUGGACUGAAACUUGACCAAUCAGAUGGUCAGAAUCAUUAAUUUACUAAAAAAAGAGUAAAUGAGAAUCAGAUGAACCUGAAGUAUCACAGAUUUGAGUAAAAUCAUCUGUUCCAGCAGAGAAAACUCAUUUUACUGACACGAUUUAUAACAUGAGUCUAAAUCAAUAAACUCAGAUGAUUAUCAAUUGACUUAUUAGAUAUAAAUGAAACUGCAGCAGCUGACAGACUAAGAGGUAGAAAUAUAACAUGUUACAGUCCGAAAGGUGUACAAACAUAUUAGAAUGACUGUCAUUAAUAAUGAUGAAUGAAUAAUCAAUAACGGGGGUAAAA